UAGUGAUCAGUGACACUGGGGCGGGCAAAUAGAAAUAGAAUAAGGCGGAGACCGUGUUGUUUGCGCGUACAUCUCUUUCUCCCUCACGUAUAUUUCUCUCCCUCUCUCCCUUCCGUUAUUCUUCGUCUCUUCCUAACCACCACUACUCUCCCUCUCUCUGGAUUCUUUGUGAUUCAAGCGAAUUUACAGGCGAAGAACAACCAAGACAUUCGACUGAGAGAGAGAGAGAAAGAGAGGGAGAGAGAUCGUUCGGCUCUUCCAAUCUGGCACACUUUUACUUCUUUAGGGACAAUUUUGAUGAAGCUUCUGGAGAGAAGCUGCAAGGAAGAUCACACUGGCCGACGCUCUAGUGAAAUCUCCCAAUUUCUCGAGCUGGGUCCGAGUCGGUGCAAGAACAGCGCGUUUUGGUUCUUCCAUUUGCACUCAUCUUUUCUCUUUCUGGAUUUCGUUCGUUUGGGUUCUUGUAUUGGUUUGGCGCCUGUCUGUUGAUUAUGGCUAGGUUUUGAUCCAAUGUGAACUCUGCUUUCUCGAGAUUUCUUUUUCUUGGCGGUGUCUCAAGACAUCUGGUUCCGGAAUAUUGAGAUGUGAGUGAGAUCAACAACCCUCGAAAAAGAAGAUUGAAAGAGAGUGAUAAAAAAAAAAGACCAACUGACUGUUCCUUUUUCCUUAAAGCGGAUUUUCAAUUGAACGAGUCUCUCAAAAAUGUCAAGCUUCAGUUGCUUCUCUGUACUGGCUGGGAGGAAGAAGAAAGCAAAGGGAAACAAGUCAUCUUCAAAGACCGAUGAAUGCGGCGAGAAGCAGAAGACCUUGCAAGUGAGUCUUGAAGGCCCUGCAAAAUCUUCUGAAACUGAUGAGCUGAAAUCAACUUCUUUUAGUGUUCUAGUUCCCCUUGGUAUUUCAGGUAAUUCUAGGUGCAAGAUCAAGGUAAUGAGCCAUGAGAGCCCUGUAAAAGGAGAGGUCGCAGAGGUAGCCUAUGAAGGGGAAGAUGAGCAUGAAGAGAACUUAGUUAUGAAAAGGGAUGACUCUGACUUUGAUUUUCAAACCCAUGUUCUGGAUCCAAAUGAAGAAAUUGAUCAAUCAAUGAACAGAAAGAUGGUAUAUUGGGGCUCCAUGGGCAACAAAACUAACAAUAAACUUGAAGAGGGUGUUGAUUUGAUUCAAAGUGGGCAUGUGAGUGAUCCCGGCAUUGGCAAGGCAGAGUUCUGGGGUUCCCCAAAGCUUAAGCGUUCCUGUUCCAACCCGGAAAGAGGGGAGUCACUCAAGAUACUUGACCAGUUGCCUCCAAAUGCGCAGUCUUUUGAAGAGCUGCAGAGAUUAGCCGAGAGGUCUCCCUGGAGUCCGAGAUCGGUAUCAUCCCACAGGAGUGCUGACAAAGUGAUGCUGAAGAAGCACUCUUCCAGUCAAGUGCUGCCCUCUCGGAGCAGAAAACUGUGGUGGAAAUUGUUUCUCUGGAGCCACCGGAACAUGCACGUGGCCCGGACUCCCAAGCCACAGAUGAUAUCUGUCGAAUCUCCUUACAAUCAGCAAGGUGGAUACUGCUCGGAAACUCUGGAGCCGAACAGAGGUUCCAGCCCGGGAAAAAUGGAACUGGGAUCACCCAGUUCGUUUACCAGAGAAGCAGCAACAAGUAGGGGCAAGAAUAUCAAUAACCAGAAUUGGGAUGCCUUUCGUGGAGGAACACUCUCUGGUUUCUGGCCAGAAAACCAGUGGGUUGCUUUCUCUACGGAAUCACCCUUAACAAGGGUGGAGGAGUGGGUAAAAGAACUUGCAAUCCAGCCUCCACUCCUUGAUAACGACAAUAACAACAACAAUGGAUUUGUUUCCUCAAUACCUCCAGAAACUAUUAGGCCUCCAGCAAGAAGCACAUCUCACUCGACUAGGCAUCCAAAUUUGAAUCUCUCUGAGGAGAUUUUACACGCCAAUACAGUUAUUCGGUCUCUAAAUUCUUCGUCAACGGUGGCACAUAUAACCGGGAUGGGAUUGAAAGUUACCCCAAUCCUCUCCCAGUUCUCCAGCCUUAGAUCCGUGAAUUUAUCAGGAAACUCAAUAGUUCAUAUUUCUCAUGGGUCUCUGCCAAAAGGCCUACACAGUCUCAACCUGUCCCGAAACAAAAUCAGCACAAUUGAAGGCUUCAGAGAAUUAACUCGGCUGCGCGUUCUGGAUCUCAGCUACAAUCGGAUCUCUCGUAUUGGACAGGGUUUAUCAAACUGUACAAUUAUCAAGGAGCUUUACCUUGCCGGCAACAAGAUUAGUGAAGUUGAAGGGCUUCACAGACUCUUGAAGCUGUCUGUGAUAGAUUUGAGCUUCAACAAGAUAAGUACAACAAAAGCACUUGGCCAACUUGUAGCCAACUACAAUUCCCUACUAGCUCUCAAUCUGCUGGGGAAUCCGAUCCAGAGCAAUAUUAGUGAUGACCAACUGCGCAAGGCAGUUUGCAGUCUUCUCCCGAAGCUCACUUAUCUGAACAAACAGGUGAUUAAUCCACACAAGGGGCGGGAUUUGGCUACAGAGAGUGUUGCCAAAGCUGCACUUGGGAACAGCAGUUGGAGUUCCCGGAGAAAAGCAGGGAAAAGGGUGACUCAAGGUGGAUCACCAUUUUCAUCUAGCGGGCACAGAAGCAGUGCCAGUGUAUGGCAAAGCAAGCACAGAUCAAAGAGCCAUGCUCACCACCACCACUCAGCUGCUCGAAAGCUGAAGUCGUCUGAACUUCCUUCCACAUCCUAUUAGAUGCAUUCCCCAUGCUUUGGGAAUUUGUGUUUUGUUUAUUAUUAGGUAAAUGGUAGAGGAAUUUACCUUUAGAAAUCAAGGCACUCCGCAAAUUGGUAGGAUCCUUUGCCUCCAUUUUUUCCAUUUGAAAAUUGUGAUUCUGUCUCUGGUUGUUUAAUUUAGAUGUAUGUAAAGUCCUCUUUUAAUUUAAUCUAGGUUUGCUCAUAAGAGUUAAAAUUUCUAUAGUCUACCCUACAUUGUGAGAUUUUGUGAUGUCGAUGUUGUUGUUGUUGUAGGUGUUCUCUAUCAGAAAUAAGAAACUUUCGGGUCUAUUCGGUUGUAGAAAACACUUCAUAAUUUUUCAACUCCAAUUUUUUAA